GACCUGGCUUGGUCAGGGCCACGGAGCAGGCUCGGCCUCUGACCGCAGUGGCCCCCAUCCCUGCAGCCUCACCCAGCACCAUGAGCGGCCGAGUGGGAGACCUGAGUCCCAAGCAGGCAGAGACCCUGGCCAAGUUCCGAGAAAAUGUCCAGGACGUGUUGCCCGCCCUGCCCAACCCGGAUGACUAUUUCCUUCUGCGCUGGCUCCGAGCUCGGAAUUUCGACCUGCAGAAAUCAGAGGCCAUGCUCCGCAAGUACAUGGAGUUCCGGAAGACCAUGGACAUUGACCACAUCCUUGAAUGGCAGCCCCCCGAGGUGAUCCAGAAGUACAUGCCUGGAGGCCUGUGUGGCUAUGACCGAGACGGCUGCCCCGUGUGGUACGACAUCAUCGGGCCGCUGGACCCCAAGGGCCUGCUCUUCUCGGUCACCAAGCAGGACCUGCUCAAGACCAAGAUGAGGGACUGCGAGCGCAUCCUGCACGAGUGUGACCUGCAGACCGAGCGGCUGGGGAGGAAGAUUGAGACCAUCGUGAUGAUUUUCGACUGCGAGGGGCUGGGGCUGAAGCACUUCUGGAAACCCCUGGUGGAAGUGUACCAGGAGUUCUUCAGCCUCCUUGAAGAGAAUUACCCAGAGACCCUGAAGUUCAUGCUCAUUGUGAAAGCCACCAAACUGUUCCCUGUGGGAUACAACCUCAUGAAGCCCUUCUUGAGUGAGGACACGCGCAGGAAAAUUGUAGUGUUGGGAAGCAACUGGAAGGAAGGAUUGCUAAAGCUCAUCAGUCCUGAGCAACUGCCUGCCCAGUUUGGGGGGACCCUGACCGACCCAGAUGGGAACCCCAAAUGUUUAACCAAGAUCAACUACGGUGGGGAGAUCCCCAAGUCCAUGUACGUGCGGGACCAGGUGAAGACUCAGUACGAGCACUCGGCGCAGAUCAGCCGCGGCUCCUCGCACCAGGUGGAGUAUGAGAUCCUGUUCCCAGGCUGUGUUCUCAGGUGGCAGUUUGCGUCGGACGGAGGGGACAUCGGCUUCGGGGUUUUCCUGAAGACCAAGAUGGGGGAGCGGCAGCGGGCUGCAGAGAUGACGGAGGUGCUGGCCAGCCAGCGCUACAACGCCCACAUGGUGCCGGAGGACGGGAGCCUCACCUGCACGGAAGCCGGCGUCUAUGUCCUGCGCUUUGACAACACCUAUAGCUUUGUCCAUGCCAAGAAGGUCAGCUUCACAGUGGAGGUGCUGCUCCCGGAUGAGGGCAUGCAGAAAUACGACAAAGAGCUCACCCCUGUCUAGGCAGCUCCCUCACCUCCCAGAGACCCUGACCCUUUGCUUUCUGUCUCUGUAUUAUACUUCUCCCCACCUCCCUCCAAAAAUUGUUCAGUAGUCCUCUUGACUCUGACACUAGUCAGAAGAGAAAGGGCUGCCUUGGGGAAAACUCAGGCGCUGUGAUCAGAUCAGAAAAGUAGGGGAGACACCACUUUGGAAGAUGCUGAGGCUGCGGAAGAGGAAGAAGCAAGGGCAGGAACAAGAGGUGGAUGUCCCUGCAACCCAAGAAACAGAAAAAGGAAUCUCCCGGCCUUUGUCCUCACUUCUCCUGAGGCAUUUGUAUGCUUGAAUUUCUUCCCCAUGAGUUAUUAGCAACUUGGGUCAGAGAUGUAUCUAAAUUCUUUUUACUUCUACCUCUUAUAUAAGCAAAUGCUCAACUAAUGUGAAGUUGAAUGGAGGUAGGGAGCAAAUGGGUGUGCAAGAUAAAAAGAAGUCUACAAGGGGAGAUUUCAGCACCUCGGACAGGGGCUGUGGCAGGGAUGGUCUCUCCUGAGCCUCACGUUACCCAGCCCCCAGAUUUCUGGCAGUGGCUGCCCCCUGGGGUAGUUAGGAGCUGUCUAUAGAAGGGUUUGUCUGACUCAAAACACACAGCUUUCCCAACCCCUCACUCCCACCCUUACCACUUCCCCUUGGAACUCACAGCUUAUGUUUCAAGCACUUCCCUAAAAGCAAAGGAAGUCACAUCUGGCUCUAGCUGCUUCCUGACAAUUAAAAAAAAAAAAAAAAUCACA